AAGAAGAGUAUGAUUCACUUGGAAAUAACUCAGCAUUUCAAGACACUAUUCUUCCAAAUGGUUAUCAAAAAGCUCUAAAACAGUUAGAAUGGGUUCACAAAUUUAAAAUAGUUGAUGCAAAUGAAGAAUGCGACAAACGUCAUUUGGAGAUCGUAUGCAAAUUUGGUAAAGUACCUCGUAUCGCUGACAUUGUGAAACAUCUUGGUGAAGAUAAGCUUCCUCUUACCACCUUUAUUGAAUGCUCGAGUCGUGAAUGGUUUGAGUCUAAUAUGUUUGACGAAGUUUCUGAUUUGUACGAUAAAUACGAGAAUGAUUUAUUGAGUUUACGCUGGGUGGAAGAAUACUAUAUUGGUGUCGCGAGCGAACCUGAAAAAUCUUGGCAAAUAUACAUCACGUGCGCUAAAAACAAACUGCCAUCCAUGAAGGACCUGAAAAAGUUGUUUGGUGUCAACAUUGCCUCGUUUGUUGAUUUUUGUCAAGAAGACGUCGACAGAACCCCUCAAUUUACUCGAGGACCGGCUUCAGGAAAUGAGGUUUUUAACCCAGAAUAUAGAGUAUUUAAUCAUGGUUCAAUUGGUGUGGUAUUUUCUGGUGAGAAGAACCACUACGCCACCACCAGCUAUCAUGUGUGUUACAAUGGUAGGUUGCCCAAAGACAUAUCAAAGGCCCACCAGAUUCUAAAGGACGACUGUGAAAAUGGAUCGCCUCGUUGUCAAGGGGUCACCUGUCUGUACGUAAACAGUGGGCGUUCCGUGGAUCUUGGGAGUUUCAACUGUGGAUUAUACGACGACAACCAUGAUAUUGCCCUCCUAGAGAUGAACGAAAAAUUAAAUUGCUCCGAUAUGGUGAAUUUCUUAAAGGGGUUAAAUCUCAGACCUGAUCUAGCCGAUAUAGCAGAAGUCAAAAGUAUGUUCUACGAAGGGCAUUUGCCUGUGGAAAGAGUUUCGCCAGAACCAAGAAGAGGAGUACUUUUCGGAAUUCGUGCUGUAACACGCUGUCCUAGGUACAAACGUUGUUACAAAAUUAAAGGAACAGAGCAAGAUUCUUUUGCAAGUCAAGGUGAUUCGGGUUCUUUGAUUUAUCUGAUAUACGAGAGGGAAAACAUACCAUUCGCUUAUUUAUCCUUUGCUCUGGAUAAUGUUUUUCAUGCUAGAAAUUUAAAGGAAAGUGUUAAAGAACUAGUAAAGCAUAAUGGGCGUGGGGAUUUCAUUAAUGUUAACGCUUGUAUUACUCAACAUAAUAAUUUCCAAAAUUAAGUUUUGAACUGGAUUUAUAACCAGCUGCAUGUUUUCACAAUCAUACUUUAUAGGUAUGUAGGCACUUGCACGGUAUUCGUAUAUUAUAUAAUCUUGCGCACUACACCAUAUUCCUCAACGCUAUAAUUGAUCUUUGCGUUACAAAUGCCCCAACAAAGAUCAUAAAUUCAGGUAUAAUUGAUCUUUCCAUAAGUGAUCAUGUUUUAGUUUAUAUGACACAUAAGGUUCAUUAUAAGAAAGCGGAAGCGCGAUUAGUUGAAAUAAGGAGUAUGAAAAAUUUUCAUAGAGGAAACUUUAUAGGAGAUUUAAAACAACAGCAAUGGUUAGAAUUAAAUUUGUGCAAUGAACCUAAUGAAAUGUGGGUAAGAUGGAAAGGGAUGUUACUUAAUUGCAUUGAUAAACAUGCUCCACUCAGAUUAAAAAGAAUUGGGAAAAAGAAAUCCCCUUGGAUAACUAAUCAAUUAAAACAAAAAAUGCGCCAGAGAGAUUUUUUGAAAAAGAAAGCAAAAAUGACUGGAGACACAUUGAUCUGGCAACAAUAUAAAUCAUUAAGGAACUCUACGAAUAAUGAAAUUAAAAAAGUGAAAAGU